UCGCGUUCGCCGUUCAGUGUUGUGCGGGCAAUGAAACAGUUAACUUAUGGUUAUGUAAAGUACUCUCGCGUGGGUUCUUCGACGUUUUAUAAAGGGGGGGCCCCAAUUGCGGAGUUCGUCUUCGUCGUCGUCGGUGUGUGACCUAUUCUCCGGCGGUCGUCGUCGGUGUGUCGUGACGGCGGGGUUGACUAAACCCGUCUUAGUUUUCAGAGUGGCGUAUUGUCUGAAAGGUUCCUCCAUCUUUAAGGAAGGAAGGAAGAAGAUGAAGGAAGAGCCACUAACCAAUAGAUAGUACUACGCAUUGUGGGAUAGUACACGCACAGAUCCAGCAAGAAAGAGAGAAAAAAAACAGUGUCAAAUUCCACCACUGGCUGGUACUGACAGCUCGUUUGACAGAUCGCGCAACCGAGCGCAGCAAAAAAAGAAAAUGGAUUACGGGAGUGCUUGAACUGUUUCUCGUUCACUUCUUCAUUCCAUCACACGCACACAGCUGCAGUAUUUGGGCACGUUUGCACAACCAGCAGAGUGUGCUAGUGUGGGUGUGUCAGUGCAAAGAGAGGUGUCCAUCAAAGCUGAGCGCAUGUGUAUGCGUGCGUUCGACGUCGCGAAUGUUUAUACGUGAAGGAAAAAAAAUCGAAUAAGAUUUUGACAGCUCGCCGCUUUUGAUCAAAUAAAAAUAAAGAAAAAAAGGCGAGUUUUAUUGAUUAUUUCCACGAAGGAGAUUAUAUCGUGAGCACGGUAGUGAGAGAAGCAAAUUAAACGAGCAGUGAAUCUUCACGUGUCCCCCGUGAAACCGAAGGAAUGUGCACAGUGGCCAAGUGGCCAGUGUUGGUGAGAAUGUGAGAAGCCAAAGAAAUCGUCUGGCUCGAACCUAAGGAAGAAAAAUGGUCGAAAUUGUGUCUAGAGCAUGGUGAAGAGUGCUGGCACCGUUGAGUGUGAAGAAGCAAUUAUAUUUCUAAUGUGCCCAGAGUGAAAUAGCCCCAAGUGUAGGAAAUGCACUGGAUAUGAGUGCAGCAGCAGUCGGCGUAAAAUGGAGACCGCUCGGAUUAAAAGGCACGUCCGAGUCGCGGUCAAGAUCUCCCGCUACCCGGUCUUUGCUCCAACAGGAGCAACUUCCAGCGCUGGUGUCCAUCAAGCAGGAAAAGCCCAGCAAGAAGAGCGCAACUACGCGCAAGAACAACAUCAACAACAACAGUCUUAAGAAAGUCAACAAAAAUCUCAACAAGCAGCCCCAAGUCCUAAGCAACUUUGACUUGGAGCCCGUAAUUAGGCUGAAAGCCGUUGCUUGGCCCCAAAACAAUUCCGAUAAGAAAGCUCGGGGUGAAGACCUCCAGCAGCAGGACAAUAACAAGAAAAAUACAAAAAACGAUAGCGGUGACAUCGCGAACGGUGGUGAUAAAAAACGUCGCACCGCCGGAAAGAGACAGCACUACAAUAUUGUUGCAGGGGAAAACGAUGACGUCAAGGCGACAAAGUUGAUACUACGGCGGCGCAACACGACUCCGCUGACAACGGUGCAAAGUGGUAGCACGACAAGUGUCACUGCUACCACCAACACCAACACCACCACGGCAAGGACGUCAUCGGCCAGAAGUUGCAGUGCAACAACAACCCGUACGUCGUCGGCGAUGUUAACCGAUGCAACACCCAAUGUCAAAAAAGUCAAAAUUGAACCCUCGGAAAACAACAAUGCCCCCCAAUGCAACAUCAAGCAGGAACCGAUCGAUACGCAUCUCCGAUCGGACGAAACGAUCGAAACACAUCGCAAGUCCAGUCGGCGGAGACAGUUCACCGAUCGGAUCAUCGACACGAUGUGCAUACCGGAGUUUUACUUCAAGGCACGAUGUCGAAGCAAAACCAAAACAACAACAACAAAUUCUAAGAAAAAGAACCCGGUGGCUGUAGUGGCUGCAGCUGCGGCCAAAUCUACCAGAAACACUCCAACCAGAAGCAGAUCCAACGUUAAACCUAACCCCGUCAGCCUCAGCAAAGCAGCCAAAACGCCCAAACAACCAGCCCCAAGCACCCCCUCCGAAGGAGACUCAGUUCCUCAUUUGAAUCCGAUCUUCCUGUUUGUGAAACAGGAAGAUACCCGGAUCGUCGAAGUCCGCUGCGAGGACUACGACAAGCGCAACCGUAUACGAAUCAAGAAAACCCCCAACGGAUUAUGGCGGUCCUUCCCGCGGACGGACGCCAGCUCGUCGGUGGUGUUUUCGUUGCUCCCCAAGCCGGAAAUCAAAGUGGGAAGACCACCGUCCCGGGCUGCUUCCCUCGCGGGAGCACUUUUACCAAAGUACAAAAAAUCACACAAAAAGAAGAAGAAGCACAAAAAGGAGAAAAAGCGAAAGGAACACAAAGCGGAACAGGAAGCGCUGCAGGAAAGCGGAAUCUGUUUGGAAGUGGUCGACGAUGAGGAAGACGAAGUGGUUGAUGUCGAAGAAGAAGCAAAGAAGGUUGCUGCUGGAGAGCAGCACACCACGUUGAAUGGUGAGCAUAUGGAAGUCGACGACGACGACGAUGAUGUUAUCGACAUAACACAGUCGGAGGAUCAGGAUACUAGUGCGAACCUGAAGGAUUUGAGCCAAUCGGAUGUUAAUGUUGAUGAUAUUAGCAAUCAAAAUAAUCUAACCGUUGAUAGCAACAAUAUCAGUAGUCAUAGUGAAUGUAAUACAAACAGUAGUAGCAUAAAUAUUGCCUCGAGCCUAGAAGAAAUCAGUACCAAUAGUAUUAACGCCACUAGUAACACAGAUAGCAAUAAGGACGAUGGCAGUGACAACGACGUCGUGCUGAUACAACCAGAAGAGGAGCCCCAGGAAAUACUACACCAUGGUGGAGCGAACACGGCCAACGGUGGGGGCGGCUGGCCGGAGGAGCUGGAUAACAUCGAGUCACAGAUACCAUCAACCAUCAUCUCGGUGCAGGAACUUCAGCGAGUUCGCGCUAGUGCGCAUGUCGGGGGCACCGUCGUCGACCAGCACACAACAACAGCGGCGCUCAAUAAUUUGAUUGCAUUAAAUGAACUUGGGUUUAAUCAUCAGGAAAACCACGCGAACGAGUGCAUUGAGAAAACAAUCUCCUUCCACUUGGAGUCCCUGCAAGCGGUUGCGGCGGUAGCAGCGGCUGCAGCGGCCGCUGCCGCCAGGAGCUCCACGACCACAACCAAUGCCAGCACUAUCGGGGCGACUGCCGAUGCUGAUGCCAGUGCAGCAUCUGCAGCUUCAUCCGUCUCCGCCUCCGCUACCAAUGGCUCCACUAUCUCGAACGGCACUAGUAUGUGUGCGAAAGAAGUUGGGGAACAAGGUGGUAGCGAACCGAUGCACACAUCAACAACUUCCGAUGCACCGAGUGUGCAUGAGAUUGACGACGAUGGAGACGAAGUGUGCGUUCUGGAGUCGGAACCAGUACAGCAGCAGCACCAGCGCCAGCAAACAAAAGGACGAAAUGAAAAUAUGUGCCUGGAUAGCGCAGUAUACGAAAAUUGUAAGACGGAAUCGGAUUGCAUCCAGAACGCGGAAGUGCAACCGCACAUCACCAUCAGUAGUGACAGUGAGCUAGAGGAUGAUGAUCCGAAGCAUCAUCAUCUGAGUGAGUUUAACGAUUGCAGUGAAUUGAUCGAGGGCAUUCGUGAAAUACAGUCCGCCAAUCCGGAAGAUUUGUUACAUGCCAACUGUGGUGAAAAUACAAUGACUGGUGCCGAAUUGCUCGAUUCGUUGGUGGAGCAACGGUGUGAAGACAAUCAUAUCUCGGGAACGGAUGAUCUCAAAAACACUAUCUAUUCCAUAUCAGACGAUUACAAUGAUGACGAUGAUGUGCUGCUAGAGCCCGAACCUGUUGCGGACAUCAUCUCGCGUCUUGGUGAAUCUUUGAGCACCUCCCCGAAGUGUUUAUCGUUUAACGAAGCUGGUGAAAUCGAAGGACUAACUGGUGACCUGUUCGACACCACACACCAUUCCCUGCAGAUGGAUGACAACCUGCCAAAUCCGUUCUCCUCGCAAAACCCAACGCUCGACGAGCUGUCCAUCACCAUCAAAGAUCUCACCGACAGCAGCGAGCAUGCAAACUCGUACUUUAACAGUGCAGAAAAAGCCAACAAAGAGUCCGACGAUACUCCGAUUGUGAUUUCGCCCGAUUCCUGCCAGGAAGAGCUACCUAAGGAUCUCAGCUGCCGAAAGCGCAGCGAAAAGGGUACCGAUUCCAUAGUGACGCUUUCGCCGUCGCCACGACCGAUUUCCCACAGUUCCGAUGCCAUUCAGUCGCCGCAGCCUAGCGGCCUGCCUGCGGUCCCACCGUCUCCGGACAUUUUCCUGCAGCCAAAGUCCAUUUCCAACGCUGUCAUUGAAUCACUCAUCACGCAAGCUUCUGCGACGGCGUCGAAACCUCGAACGCAACAGAAGGAACCGCUAGAUCUGGGCAAGUGUCGAAAAUCUGCUAGUCCCACCGUGAGUUGCUCGGAAGAAGCCAAGCGACAGUCCACCUCCGAAGAUGAGCCCAAAACUAAGCGGAUCAAAACAGAUCCGGAGAAUAAAACCACCACCAACAGUGGGUCCAGUGCAAGUACAAUGGUUGAAAACAACAGCAGCACGGCUGGACCUAGUGCAAGUGUUAGUGGUGGUAAUAGUGGAGGUUCGUCCUCGGGCAGCUCCAAUAUGGCCGAUCCAACCCGGCUGGUGGAGAUGCUUACCUCUGGAAAUGAUCCAGAUCCGCUCACGCAGCUACGACUGCUGGUUAGUAAUCCAGCAUGGAAGGUACCUGAUCCUCUACUUGUGCCAAAGGAUCGUCUCAACGCAGUGCUAGCGUCACCAGCACGAGAGAUUCCACUACUGUUGACCACCCGGCCCGAACUGCGGUUACCUGAAGCGUUUGCAUUCCCCAACAUCCUGCAAGAUCCAGACAUACUGGUGAUUUCGCUGUCACAGCUGGAAAAGAUUCUCGAAACGCAGGACGAGUUGCUAAAGUUGAAGUCGAAGAAUGAUCCCAGCAAGAAGAUACUCAGUCCACUGGAGACGCUUAAACAAACGCUCACGGCUCAAGCGGCCAAGCAGAACCCAAUGAUGAGUUCGCUGCUUGCAUCCGGUUUGGCAGGUGACAUCGACGCGGCAACGGCUGCGGCCUUCAACCAGAUGUUGUGGCUUCCAUAUCUGGGUCAAAUGGGACAGCUUGGUCCGGAGCUCCUCAAGGCCAUGAUGAACAUUCCGAGUUCCAACUCUAGUCUCGCGGACAUGAUACCGUUUAUGGGCCCAAGGUUGCAGGACCUGUGCGGACUUGGAUCCAACGCAAUGGACUACAAGCGCCAGCUGGAAUUUGCCAUGUGGCAGGACGCCCUAAACCAGGUCAACACUGCCAGUUUGCAGCGUAAACAGGAAGCGCAAAAGAAGGCAGCUGUGGCCGCGGCAUCAGUACACGUUGACCGCAAACCCAUCAUUCCACCAAAGACACUGGAACAGCAGCGUUCGGUUGCGGCCGUAGCUGCCGCUGCCAGCAUGUUCCAGCAACAGCAAGGUCAACAGCCCAAAAAGUCCACCUCCUCCGUUAUGAACCAGAUGAACUCACUCUCGAUUCCUCAGUUUAUGACCCCAUCGAUGCCAAAUAAUCGCUUCAACAACAGUCGAACCUCAUCGUUGCAAUCUCCAUCGUCGUCACUGCAGCAGCAGUUCAGCCCCACCGGGUUCAAAACCAUGCCAAACAUGAUGAGCCAGGCCGCCGCGGCCAGUGCGCAAAUGCGACAGCAGGCUCGUUCCCAACAACUGUCGGCUGCCCAAAAGAGCAAACAGACCGCCGCCGCCGCAGCCAACUCCAUGUUCGCCAACAACCCGUUCUUGAACCUUCCAACGUCCUUCCAAGAUUUCCACGAGCAACAGCAACAGCUGGCUCGUAAGCUCCAAAAGGAGCACCACCUUACCCGGGAACAGCUGCAACAACUUCAUCAGGAGCAGGAGCAAAAACCACGCGUUACCUGCAAAUCCCUGAUGAAUCUGCUCCAGCCAGAAAAGCAACAACAGCUUCAAAAACAGUCCACCAACAGCAAACUCGCCAACCUGAUGGCCCUGCCCGGUAUGGACAUAUAUUCCACCGGACAGCACGAUACGUUGCAGCAGCAAAUAUUCCUACAACAACAGCAGCAGCAGCAGCAACAACAACAACUGCUUCAGCAGCAACAGCAGCAACAAUUGCUACAACAACAUCAGCAGCAGCAGCAACAACAACAACCACAGGCUAAGCUCAAAGUUAAGCCUGGUCUGCAUCUGCUUGAUCCGGCCGCCAUUCAGCGUCGGUUGCUCAACACCGACGAGCUGCCCGGCGAAGUCGGCAGCACAACCAGCGGUCUGGACGAUUCGACGGAUUUGAGCUCACCGCUGUGGCAUCCGCUGUUCGGAAGCGCCCAAAAAACACCCGGAAGCAGUAGCACCAGCAGUGGCGGUGGCAUCGGAGGCUCCUCUAGCGCGGGGACUUCCGGUUCCAGUUCUGCCGCCGCAACCGCCGCCGCCGUAGCUGCCGCCUACAACAGCCCGUGGCAAUGGACCACCAUCACCGCCAGCGGGGAAUGACAUUAUGGGGCUCGUAAAGAGCCCGCUGUUGCUGGAUCUCAAUCACAGACAGCUCCUCAGAGUCAACAGCACCAUCAGCACCAGCACCACCACCAACAACAGCAGCAGCAGCAGCAACAGCAAGGUAAUAGCAAUAACAACAACAACAGCAACAACAACAAUCAGCAACACAGCAGUAGCAACCACCAACAACAGCAGCAGCAACAAUCUACAAACUCUGCACAACAACAACACCGGCAAGAUCAGUUUGCCAACUUUGGACUGUCCAGUUUGCAGCAGCACCAUCAGCAGCAGCAGCAACAACAACAACAGCAACAAAAUCAACAACAUCAACAACAACAGCAGCUCCAGCAACAGCAACAGGCGGCUCAACAGCAAGCUCUGGCGGCGGCGGUGGCCGCCAGUUCCGGUCAUCACCAACAGCAGCAGCACCAUCAGCAACAGCAGGCGAAUCAUCACAACGUUCCUUCCCAUCAUCAUGCGACGGCGGCGGCGGCGGCCCAUCACCAGCUGGCCGCCCAGAACAGCAUGAUGGCGGCGGCCCAGCGCAAUCCGUUCGGGUUCGACUUUAGCCAUUUCCAAAAUUCCUACUAGACUAGUUAGGAACAGGUGGCGCGGUCCUGGAGAUCGCAGCGGGUUGAUGGGUUUGUAUCUAUAGGUAAAAUUUGGGGAGAUGGCGUCGAUUUCUGCUAGGGGAAAGUAACUGUUGCACAGGGCGGCCGGAAGUGAAAGGAUGAGGGCAAAAUGGCCUUCUUCCAUCGAUUUUAAGAAGUCUUGCUAAAAAUCGGUUCCGAAAGAACCAGAGAUAGCCCAACACUAAUUGAUAUUUCUAAAGUGGAUAAUUUUACAUUAAGUUGAAAUCAAAAAUAUUAUUUUUUCAAAAACUGGCAACUCUGACUUAAGUUAUGCCAACUUAGUUAAAUUUACAUAAACUCAAAAUGCCAGACGCCAAUGUGAAUCAAAAUGAUUCCCAAAGUCACAUUUUCGUCCGACAGAUAUUUAACUUGUCAACGCAUUGCUAAGAAGUUAAAUUAUAAGUCUAAUAGGGUCCCAUAUUCCUAUGAAAAUGUUUUCUUACAACGAUAAAAGGCAUUUCAGAGAACCAUAUUUGAUCCAGAUCUGUCCACCUUAUUUUAUUUUUGAGCAAAUAAAUUAAAUCGACAAAUCGGCAUUUUGCAAUGGAUCUUGACGAGUUGUCAAGCAAGAUACUUUCGGUCAAGAAAGACUGCGAUCUAUUUUUUUUUCAUUGAUUUAAACAUCAAUUUUUGCACCUGCAUCGAAGACCAAGAUUGUUUACUUUUUGCUCUUUGGUCUGACCGCGUCUGACAGUCUUGGUCUGACAGAUUUGGUCUGACAGCUUUAUCAUGGAUUUUGGUCUGGUUUGGGCGAGGGAUAGGACACAGCACCUUCCUGCCAAUUCUAGAUUAAAUUUUCAAAAGCUCCUAUAUGCAUAGGAAAUUUAUGACUAACAGGUUGUUUUGAUAAUUUACUCUAGAAUUUUAAAUUUGUUGUUUAUGUACAAAGUGUCAAAAAAGAGCCUCGAUGUAUGUUAUUACAAGGCAAUCUAAACUCAAUUUAAGGACUAAAUUGAAAAAAAUCUGUUCAUCACCUACAUUAAUUUAUUUAGUUUUGUUUAUAAACAUUGUUUAUCUACGAAAAGUGACAGCUCAUUUUUCGACGGUUGACGUUUCACCUGCAAAUGUGGUAGUGAAAUCAAAAUUCCACGUGAUAGUCCGGAAAUCGAUGUUGUCAUGCAAGAGAGAGAAGAGACUGAUUCUCUUUGAAAUUCUUUCUUAUUGCGUGCCGAAUGAAACUUUUUUGGUAAUGUUUUUUUUUAUCGCUGCUGCUAAGAAAUUAAUUUUGAUGGCAUACGGUAGAUUUUGUUGAGUUUCACAAACUUUGAGUGAAUUUUACUCAAUUUUCGUUAAAUAACAAGCGAUUCACCCGAAUCUGACAUUUUACAAAAAAAAAUCAUUCCUGAGCAAGUAAAAUUUUGAUGUAACUGAGUGGUUUCAAAUGUGCGUUAAUUUUUUUUUAUUUUCUUCAAUCAAUCAACUAUUAUUUUAAAAAAGAAUAAAAUUGCCCGAGAAGAUGCCAAUUUGUGAAUCAAUUCGAUUACAAUAUUUAUCAUUUUGACAGGUACAGAGACACCUCUUUUUACACGGAGACGUUACGCUUUUUGUUUCAUCGAUUUUUCUUAAACCAUACAACAUUUUUGCAAGCUUCAAAAUGCGCAGAUCUACAGCACAAAACGCACUAACGCACCAAAAUAUUCUUCUCUCUGAAGUGUUGCUCGGGGACGCGCCAGCAUUAUUUGUGUUGGUGUGAACUGAAGACAUGUUUACACACGGGCAAAAAUUAACGGACUUGCUGCAAAAACUGUUAUAAAAUGUAACAUUUUCUGCAGCAAAUCCACUGUUGCAGAUUUUGAUACAUAAUUUUGUUUUGGGUGUAGCUUUAAAAAAAUGUAAAAAAUGUUGUAGAGAACCUAUACAGAGAAACCAGUUUUUAUGCGAAAACAAUCUGGAUCUGAGACAUGCUUGGGAAAAGUCCAAAAUAAGGUUAAAGACAUGCCAGCAAAAAAUGAGGAACUCAAUUUAUAAAAUUGGAAAUUCCAAGUCAGAAUCGAAUAGUUUGCAAAAAAAACUUUAAUUAAUUCACAAGGAAAUGCCACAAAAGCCAAAAACUGACCACCCAAAAACGCAAUGGCAACAAUUUUUUAAUCAAAUCAAAAAUUUUGGGAUGCACAAAUUCCAAUCCAGCCCCAUCCAUCUCAUCACAUGGGGGUGCUCAAACUCCUUGGCAACGGCCACCACACACGCACGCACCAUAAAUUUCCCGAGCCCCGAAAAUCUUACUCUCCUGGUUUUCCCGGAACAGGAUCCCCCCCUCACUUCCACCUCGCUUCUUGUAUUUCCCACGCAAAGUUGAUCCCGAAAAAGGCUCCAAUUUUCUCGACAUACAUAACAGAUUUCAGAACACGCUCUUUCUCGUCUCUUCUAGAAUUAUCGAUUUUCUGUCAUAUGACUUUAAUAGCAUUCGCUGUCCCUCUCUCUCUCCCUCUCUUGUUCUUGUUCUCUUUUUCGAACUCCCCUUCCCCAACUCCACGCCGUCUCGCCAACGACCCUGUGCAUCUCCCGCAUCCGGUGUUUGUGUGCGUACGAGUGUUGUGAAAGUAAUAAAACUAAGAAAUAUUCGGCCGAAAUAUGAAAAGAAACCGACUCGAAACGAUUCGCCCUUUUGGAAGAUGUGCGCGCGCACCCACCCUUGGCGCCAGUGAACCAGUAUGGGUUCCGUCCGUCCGUACUCCAAAAAACGGGAACACCAAGAAAGAAGCGCGCCCGCACACACAUCGUGAACGCCUCCGUCGUGUGUGAACUGUGGCGUUGUUUGUAUUCGCGCGCGGGUAGUCUACAUUCAGGGGCAGCGCGGGUCGGUGCUGCCAUCUUUUGACAGAUCAUCGGGGGGACACGCGGGACAGGUUAGGACCCGCGGAGAUGUAACGCGGGGCGCUACAAAGACAAGCAUCGCGUACGCAUACGCACAAUCCGCGGGGGCCUUCGGGAACUCGGUCGCUGCUUCGGAACGAACCGGAGCAUACACGCACUCUCCAAUACAACCUUCCAAGAUUUGAGGAGGGGGGCGCCCUGGAACUAAGCGGUGCCGAAUCGUCUGCACGAGGCACACGCAUCCGUACGCACCCGAUCAAGACCUCAUCAAAUAUAGCUAUGUGUGCGGGCGCGCCGGGAGUUCCUCUAUCGAUGCGUAGCCCCGACGUUCUGUACCAAUACCGAUAGGCGAAACUUCGCGCACCACACCAAGAGCUGCACCGUGAAACACAAGGAAGAUCGAUGCAACGUGUAGAUGCAGCUGCAUACACAAGCGCGCGCCGACUUCGGGUGCAUCCACUUCCGGAAAGUGCAAGCUCCCCCCUGCUUCCCGUUACUUCCUUCAGGGCGGGGGGUCGACCACCCGGCCCAAACCACACACCACACGGUGUGACGGUUUUAAUGGUAAACAUAAUAUAUUGCAAGUAAAUAUUGCCCUGGCAAUCGCGCGUUGGAUGCAUCGCCAAGUGCAUCCGGAACUACACGCGGGGAGCGAAAUUUUGUGGGAAGAUGUGAGGAACUCUAUUCCCGCAGGGGGGGUUGCCGCUACCCCGUAGGGGUGCACUCACUUCCACCUCACGGUAAUCUCGCGCGCACCAACAUCUCGGCCCGGUGCGAUGUGUCAUCAUGUUACUUUUGACCCCCUCCCGGCCUGUCCCCAACAGGUUUUGGGCUGCGCCUACUGGGUCAGAUGGCCAGGGGUACAGCCGGUGAUGAAUGUUCGGAACAUCUUCAAGGAUACAAUUUCGUUUGUGCCAUACUAUUUUUGCGAGCAGUAACAUAACCAAACCUUUGGAAUUCAAUCAAAUUAGUAAAAAAUGCUGCCGGAUCUUUUCUGGAUCUCAUCCGGAAAAGAUCCGGUACAAAUCUCUUAGUGUACCAGCCAUUAACCAUGAAUUUCACAAAUGUUAUGCUUGUUUGACAGCGGUAACGCCGUGUGACGUAUUGAUACUUGACUUAAGUGGAUGCUAUGUCAAGGUACGUAGAUUAGAUAAGGUAAGGCGGGAUUUCCUAGUUGUCAAAAAGUUAGCACGAAACCCGGAUUUUAUGGGGAGAUUUUCAGAAAAGUGAAAUUUCGACCAUUUUCCGGAAAAAUUUUACCGGAUUUUUUUCUGUUGGGUUGUUAAGCAUUCCAAACUUAACCGAAAAACGCGUUUAGUCAAAUUAUUUUUUUUUUUGAAACAAUAUUUUUGUUUUAAAAGCACAUUUCGGUUCAGUUUGGCAUGCUUAACAACCCUAUAGAAAAAAAUCCGGUGAAAUUUUCAUGGAAAAUGGUCAAAGUUUCCCUUUUUUGGAAAUCUUCAUAGAAAAUCCGAGUUUCGUGCUAACUAACUGUUUUGACAGCUGGCAAACCCGCCUUACCUUACCUAAUCUACAUAACUUGAUGCCUUGGCUACAAACUGUCACCAUGCGUUUUAAAAAUGUCAUGUCAAUGUCAUCUGACUAAGGUUGAGGCUUUGCCUUGGCAACAAUCUUUUCCUAACCUAAAUUUGUUUGGAACUCAAAAAGUUCUCCAAACUACACCAUCAGCAAAAACUUGGCUGUGAUCCGUGAUCCGUUUGCAUCCACCCAAGAUUUGAAUCAAUUUUUAAAACAGAACCAGACAGAACCUUGAUAAUGCUUGAAUGACAGAGUUAACAACGUGUCACACAUAAAAUAUGAAAGCAUUCUUUAUCAUCGAUUCCCGUCUUUGAAUUUUGCUGACUUUGAAUCAAAAUAAUUGAAAACAAUUAAGACAACAUCAUAUUGCUUGAACGCAUGAAAUUGGAUCACUUAUUCUGUCGUCAAUCCAAGAUUUUGCAUCUUGCUGGAUUUGAAUUAAAGCAAUUGCUCUUUGUAAACAAAACAAAUAUUUUGCAAAAGUUUUGCAGUUUUAUUCUGUUUUCAACAAUAAAAAAUUGUGCAUCAUUGAUUAACGAUUUUUUUUUUUUUUUGGCUGCUUCAACAAACGUCAAUUCAUACAAAGUCCUGGCAACAUAUUUGUAUGAGUUGCCAAAAAAAACUAGAGAAUAGCGAAGCUGUCACUGCUUGCUUACUUCAAUGAUGGAUUUUUGAUAAUACGUUUUGACAACUUCCAGGAUUUUAAGAAUGGAGAACGUUAUUAAUGGUGACGCCAGGUAACGGCGCCAGAAAUGUCAAACCGUGAGGUAGUAUCAACACACUAAAAUCCCCGACUACACUCAUGCGUUACGCUUUGUAUUUCGUCGAUUUCUCUGGAACCAACAUUUUUGCAAUCUUUUUAAAGCAAUUAACACGUCUUGUGCAGAUUUACAAAUAGCUUUCAAAAUACUGUAAACACAUAACACUGUUUUCGAAAAAUCAACCUAUUGAAAAUCGUAACCGCUGCGCGUAAACGGGGAUUUAGCGCAUUACGAAAACCAGGUGUGGUAUAAAAUGACAGCCACAUUAUUUCCAAAUAUUUUAACCAUUAAAUAACGCUUCAACAAAAGCUGUAACGAAGUUUAACUCAUUCCACUGAGAAAUGUAACGCCUUGAUCAGUCUGAUGGUAGAAUAAAAUCAGACUCACGAAGGCCGAUCGGGCCGUUUAAUUUUCUCAGUGCGGUUUUCUUGACGAAACACUUAAUAGACGUUUUCGUAACUGUCGUAACGCCAUACUGUCAAAAGUACGGGCUUACGAGGCAAAAGGAUUUGAUAGGUGGUUUUUUAAAGUGAAAUUUUCAAAGUUUCAACGGAAGCUUGUCACCAUCCAACGAUUCAACCCUGUCCGGCACGCUCCGGCAGCUCCAAGCUCGCUGAAGACAUUAAACCCAGGCCACAGAGCUUGACCACACCACCGGCGCAGCCCACCAUCAUCGUCCAUGAUCGGAAGUGCUGAACACCGAGCUCCGGGCGGGUUUGACCGUUGCCCUGCCCGCCCCGGCCAAGCCUUUCAUUACCUUCAAAUCAAACAUUGAAUAAUUAAUUCAAAUUUGAUGUUACUGUCGAAUUGAAUACACGUUCUCGGCAGGAGGCCCGGGUCAUUCCAGAAGGUCUAACCCACCAGCUGCAGCAGUUCUCCAAGAGGACUUGUCCUCUAAUCAACUUCCCGCAUAAUCAAAAAGAUCCUCCCCCCUCCUUCCUUUCUCUGUUUAUCAUCCAGGCGUACCAACCGAAGCGUAACGCCAGCGUUCCACGCGCGCCUGGAACACAAAUUCAAAUUAAAUGCAAAGAAUAGACACAACCCCGGCGUGUGUGAGUGUGUGGAUAGUUCCGACUGACCCUUGACCCCCCCCCCCCCCCCUCCCUCUUCCUCCUUUAACAGCUCAUGUGACGCAAAUACGAGAGUGCACCUGAGCUGAUAAUCGGCAAGCGGAGCGAAAAUUAAAAUUAAAACUGCGCGCGCGAAAAUCGCGCGUGUUACCAACCCAAAAUGGUGGUCGUUGGAGAUGUCAAGCUUCACGAAAUUCCGCGGAUUUUUCACUUUUUUUUUCUCGCCGCUAACUCACGUCACGCGAGUGACGUUUUGUGCACACACACACUCGCGGGACUCGCGGAUUUAGAGGGUUAGGGACAGGGUGGGACGUUUUGAGCGUCGUUCUGUCUCAUUAAAACCGUUCUGGCGUGAAGAAUUGGAUGAGUUUGUCGCUUCAUUCAGGGGAGAUCUAGGCCGACGGAUGGACAUAUGUGACCUCGUGUGGACCGAAUGCCGCUAAAGUUGGAGCUGGGGCGUGAAAUUAUGGCAGCUUGAAUUUGAAUGACGGUGGUUGAUUUUAUGAAAUAUUUGAUGAAUAUGUACUACCGUUUGUUGGAUGACUUCAGGAUCCUUUGAAUCUGAUAACAAAUUUGAGAAUGGCUUGGUUUGACACCAGAAACUCGAAACGUAACGACAUGUAACGUCUUUAGUUCUUCAUUAUACAGAGAUUUCUCUAGAACCGUACAAUAUUUUUGCAACCUUCAAAACGCUUUUUGUAGAUCUGAACAAAACCUACAAAUUGCUUUUAAAUGAUUUCCAAAAGAUUGCAAAAUUGUUGCGUCGUUCCCGAGAAAUUGACAAAUUAGAAAAACGUAACGCACCGCGUAAAAAGAGGUUUCGUAUCCCAAAUUCUUUUGAGAAAUUUAAUGCCCCGAGCAGUCUGAUGGUUGUGUCGUAGUCAGUGGUUACCAAUGGUAAAGAUGGUAAUGGCGUUAGGCUCCGAUCAGAAUGACGUGUAGUCGCAAAAAGUCACGCAAGUAACGCUGUUGAGACGUUUGAUCAGAAUUUCCAAACAAGCUCCAGUUUUUUUUUCAACCAACAACGUUUUAAACUAAGGACUCUCUUCGGCAAAUCUCUUUUCGUCAAUACAAUAAUUAUGAACGUUACUUUCAAGAGGCCCCAAAUUAACCCCCUCCAACGAACGCCCUCGGAAUGUCAAUGCGACGUCGGGACAGCAAAAAGAAGGCCAGCCAGCAUCGUUUACAAAAAAAAGAGCUGCGAAAUGAGGACAUUUAUUAUGCCAUUCAAAUUUAGACGGUGCUGCCAGAGGCAUUCGAAAAUAAAUGACCUUUGCAAAGGAAGAAAACAACACGUCGAAGAAAGAAUGAAAAGCUUAAAAACUACCAGCCAAAAACGUGGCACCCCGUAAAUUACUCGGCACUUGGAUUGUUGAGAUGGCCACCGCGAGACCAAAGUGGCUCCGCUAAUGAAGGUAACCGUGGGAUUCGGAGGGGGGCGGGAGCGGGUUGGACAUUAGUAAUUUUCGAAAAAUUCAAUCAACUCGUAAAGUGAUUUAACGGUGGCGAAACCGUAACGCCCUAUGGCAGAACGGCUUUGGCCGGUCAUUAGCGCCAGUAUGUGAGCAAUGUUUCGGUCUAAUUAUAACGAACGUGAGCAGCGAAAGAUUUGAAAAGGUUCAAUUAGAGUUUUUUUGGUGUUGCGUUACAAAGCGUUACAUGGUAAAUAAUCAUACAUGAAAAAAAGUUGUUUCAAAGUAUCGAUCCCAAUUGAGCUCUCCGAAUCCCCACGACGCCAAUAAUGCCAAUUAAUGUCCUUCGCGAUGGCCACGACGACCCCCACUCCGAAAAAUAAGACUGUCAUUUUUACGAUAAUGCGCACAGUUUUCGUCGUCGUCGUCGUCGUCAAGACCAAUUUAUUGUCAUUAUCGCGGGUCGAUUUAUUUCGGUCGCGACGCGACGCCAUCUUUUUUCUUAGUUUGAUGUCACAUCAAAGUCGUUCCGAGCGUUAGGCGGCUGUUAGUUUUGCAGAAAUAAAAAUUAAACAUUUUUUACGAGCAGGCGUUACGCUUUGUAAUUUAUGGACUGCUUGUUGGAUGAUUUAACUUUUUGAAAUCUUGUUAAUGUAGUUUGUAGACCGCCACAAAACAAACGAAUUGCUUCAAAACGAUAGCAAAACUAUUCAGCAGUUUAUGAGAAAUCGACGAAUUACAAACCGUAACGCCUGUUGUCAGAACGUUUACAAAGUAAAUGCGUUUAAUAAACGCGUUGCGCAAACACCUUAAACAAGCCAACAAUAGGGUCAGUAGGUUACCUUCGUGCAAAAAAAAACCUCUAUUUGCAGUGUCGAACCUUGGAACGCAAAUACAAAUUAGAUUCCCUUGGUCGGAGGGCCGGUGUGUGCGCGCGAGAGGGAGAGAAAAAUCCGCGAGAACAGUAUGGCGUUACCAAGGGGGCCCCAAGCAUUUGCGAAUGUCAGCCAUGUUUAAGCCGUGCGCGUUCUGCGCUAGAGAGCGGCGUGAUAUUUGCUAUUUUUCGUCAUCGCGGCCAUGGUGGCAACGUUGUCAAGGCGAAUUCCGACAAAUUUCAGAGUUGGGAAACUUACGGCGCUGCAGUGGAAAGUGGAUGCAGUGUGUUUUUUGAAAGCAGAUUUUGCUUUGUUACACAGGUGUUAUGCACCUGUGAAAACAAACUCAAAUGAGAAACAGUUGAGUAAACAUCAGUAAUUCUUUCAAUUACUACUAUUGUUAGUUAAGCUUCAAAACAUUCAAAACAUAUCAAGAGUGAUAUUUCUGACUAGCGUUACAAGCGUUACAAUUACAACUAAAGUGGUUAGAAAUCGUGUGAAAUAUUUGCUUCAAAAACACAAAAGUUUUCUUCAAUAUUUCAUCAUUUGACCUAGCGCGUGACAUGCGUUACGAUUUGUAAAAACGUUAUUUUGGCGAGUAACUCGGCAAAUCAAGCUCAAUUUUUUUGCACAUUGUGCCUUUAGACUCUCGGAAGUACAUUUUCGUCAACACAUGAAUUGUAUCACGUCCUAAACGUUUCGACAAGUUGUCGCAAAAAAUGGUCCCCAACCAAAAAAACGCGGCCAGUAACCAUACAACCAGCACAUUCUUCCACCUUAUCGCACGCCAAUUUUAAUCAAAUUUGUUCGUCUCAUUAGGCAGAGUGCAGUGCGGGCCGAGACAAAUUAGGGGACCGUAAAUUACCUAUUACCGUUUCACGGCCUUAGUGACCAUCCGUGACCCCUCUGCGCGAUUCUCGGGAGCGAGAAAAAAGUUUUCUCCCGGGCCACUAACACCACGAGGCGUUACGGUGACCUUUGUCCGCGACACGUCCUUUAAUGAGCCUUAAAUUACGUGGCAAAAUAUUCGAAAAAACAAAAUGGCGUCGCCCGCAGCUGUCAAAGAUGCUUCGAAAUGAGAAAGUCAUGCAUUUCUGGUACCCUUUGUUUCCGACCUCGCGGGUUCGUUCAUGCUGGUUGUUGUUAUUAAUCAUUUUACUCCACUUUGGUCCGCGAUUCGAUAAUGACUUGCGGUGGUAGUGGUGUGGUAGUGUGCCACCACGACCACCCCCGCAGUGGAACUCUUUUUUUUUCGCUGCUAGUGUAUGUGCGAUCCACAUACCUUACCCCAGUGCGGGUUGCCGAUGAUGGUUUCGGAGUGGCAAUUAAAAAAAGGGCAACGUGCAUAAAUCGUGCAGCACAGCGGAGCGAGAUUAAAUUUGCACUCUAGUGGCUCGACCUGGCGGUUGUUUACGUUUUUGCCCUCGAUUGGAUUAUCUUGACUCUGGGUGGGCACGGAGGGAAGAAAACGUGAGGGAAAUCGUAACGCCUGAUCAUAAAAAUUUAAAAAUGCAAAUAUUUACUUGAAAUCUAGAGUGAGUAACGCAUAAACGUCACAUUCGCUUGAAAUUAAAGAGUUUUAAACUUUAUAACGUAGUGUAACGCCUUGACUAGUCAAACUGUAAACAAUGUUUAUGCAAAUGAAUUUGUAACGCUAAAACGUUAAAAACGCAUUUCCCUCCGUGCGGAAGGUAUCAUGUGUCUUUUGGUUGGGCAAACAGGCAUUUCGCCAGCAUCUCACCCAUACCAGGGUCACAGAAUUACAGAGGAUUUUCAUUCAACCAAGACAAAAGACUCGUAAUUGAUGAUUGCGCUGCGAAAAAAACGGCGCUCCUCAAUUAAUCACUUUGUUUAACGCGUGAAUUGUGAAUUUUUGGCCAAAUUUCGGCCGUCUCACGAAUACACAGGCGCGACUCGCGUUUUAUAUAGAUUGCAUUGAUAAAUUGAAUCAAAUUGGUGGUUUUCGCACACAAACACAAGACGCGACCAGUAUCGAGCUGGAAUUCCAAUAUGGAAAUCAAUCUUCGGCAAUUUUCGGCCCGCAGUUUCUCCCGAUUUGAUUGCGGUGCAUAUCUCUGCAUAACAAAUAACCAAUAAAUUAUGGAACCCUGGCGAAAAACAAAUUGCUCACGUUCGAAACCUUCCAUCAAUUUCCGCUUGCCAGGCGAGCCUGCCCGGAAGAGCUGUCGGCGGUGUCACAUGCAGAACACCGCCGAUGCAGAUUCCAAGGGGGAGGUUUGGGGAAGCGAGGCGUCCUUUAAAAUAACACCAAACUUUCAUCGAAGCAAAAUAAACAGUUUUUCCUAGCAGGUUAGGAACUCGCGGGAACCUGAGGAGGAACCGCUGCAUGCGGAGUGGUCCUUCGCAUGCGCACAACCUCUUCAAGUGGGUAUCGGAAGCGCGAUGUUCGAUCCGGAACGCAGCUCGCGGUUCUCCCCGUCCUCCCGACGACGAGACAUUCUCAACGGGCAGAUUGAUUGGGAUGAGGAGGGUCCAACUACGACGACGACGCUGACGCACACUGCAAAUUGUGUAGUGCCUGUUUCCUUUGUUUACAUAUCAUUAGUUCGGAUCGUGGGGGCGAGAUGCGUGCAUUUCCAUUAUCCGGAAUCGCAGAGAAGGAAUCCGGAUGGGUGGUGGAAGUAAUGGAUUUGUCGAGGGGUUCUACUGUAGGUGGAUGCCAUCGACAAUGGUGCUUCCGGUAUCGGGAUCGCUGAUAAACAAGAAAUUUCAUUUGAAUAGGUUGCUUCACGUCCACCCAACCUCUGCAUAACAAAUGCACGAAGUACACCGUCAACAAAAGAGUUGCGGAAUAAUGCAGAAUCUAAACUGAUUACAUUUCCAGGGAAUAAACCCUUCAGCUCUCUCGAGCAGUAAUUGAUUCAUGCCAGACUAGGUAAUCAUACGCGAUGAAUUCGUUUUCUUGUAUUUACCUUGUUGAUAGGUAGAAAUAAAACUGUUUCCACCUGUCCAACAUCAGGGUUUUGGUUGAUUUCAGCUGCUUUCGCUUCACAGCAUCACAAUUUUACUUACAACUUCAAUGUUUUUUCACAGCAACGGCAUCGGCUCACAUUACCGAUUCACAACAUCACAAUUUUACUUACAACUUCGGUGCCUUUUCACAGCUAGAACAGUGAUUUGUUUGCUGACUGUUUAUCAAAUGCAGUGGCUGCACUUGAAAACUUUUGUUUACAAGUGAACUGUCAAACGAGAGCGCACUUUUGACAGGCGUUAACAAGCGUUACUUGUUGGUUACACUGAGAAUAAUCAUCACUCAAAAAGCAUCAACACUAUUUUUAAUCGCUGAUUUUUUACUUGCAACUUCGAUGUCUUUUCACAGUAAGAACAGAGUUAAGAUUUCUAAUGUUUACCAAACGCUUACUGUAAGUUUACUAACAUAAACAAAAUCUUCUAAGAAAACCCGCACAGUUUUUUAGUUUACUUAUUAACGUCAAAAGCCAAAUGAGCGCGUGACAUCGGCAGGCGUUACCGAGCGUUACUUGACGUUUACACUGAGGCAAAUCCGCACUCAAAAAGUAUCAAAUUUUCAUUUUAAUCGCUGUUUGCCUACUCAAUUAUCCUUAACGAUCGAAUCAACUUUCCCGGUGUUCGUCACAGCAAAAAAAGUUUAAAAUAACUCCACUUUCAUCGGUUUGACGUGUCCAAACAAAUUUUGCCCCGCAUGUAGAUUGGUCAUUAACGGUUAAUUGGUAUUUCACUUAGCGUCCACUAAAAUUGAUCGAAUUCGAGCAAAAAUACUCACACAAACAAAUUAAAAUCCCCCCAACGAGGGAGUAGCUGUGUGAGUGUGUUUGCAGGGCAAAUAAACCUCGGUAGAGGAAGAGAGUGUAGAAAAAACUGCGAAAGCAGAUUGUCCAGAUCUCACCAAACCAAACGGCGUGUGCAAUAGUUACUUUCCCGGGAAUCGACGCCGAUGGGUUGCGAAGGAAUUUGACAGAUGGGGACGGGGCGGGGAUCGGGGUAGUAUUAGGUAAAGAGAAAAAAGCAUGAUAAAAGAAGCGAAACGGGGUGACAGAGAAGAAGAUUCGUUUUUUUUUUUUGUAAAUAGAUUUUCGUUUUGUUGAAGUCAAGAGGUGACCCGUAAAGAGGGUUGAUUUUUAUUUUAAUAAAAAAAAAGAUUACAUUCAGAAGGUUAUCCAAUUAAGACAAAUGGAAGAAAAUAAUCGCUAAUCAAAAUCUUAAAUUGUUAUAGCUAGUAGCGAAGAAUCUGAUAAGGAAUAUUCAAUAACAACAAACAAAAAAUCGACUAGUCUCAUUGAAUGUAAAUAUAUCAAAAUUUAUAGUAACAAGGCAACAGCAUAAAUUAAUCCCAGAAAUGGAAAGAAAAAAAAACACACACAAUGUAAACUACUAGACAAAAUUUUACGGUGGCAAGAUAUGAAAACUAAGAAUCAAAUUUUAAGGACAAACCCAUACAAAAUAUAAUCACUUAAGCAUCCGUCACGUACUCAAAGAUUGAUGAGACCAAAAAUUUUCUCCCCAUUUCAGAGGACCCCGCUUAGUUUUACAAAUUAAACAUCCACAUUAUAAUAUGUUUUCGACUGUACAGUAGAGGCCGCACGCGAGAAAGAGUUCUAAUUUUAAAUCAUUAUUUAUUACCCAAAACUGUUUGUUAUAAGUUUUAUAAUUUUACUGUUACGUUUCGUAUGUGUUAGAAAGCUACAAAGCAAGAAUAAAUGCAAUGCAAACACACCCAGCAAUAAAGAAAGCAACAGCAGUCGAAUAAAGAGAAAGAGAACGUUACGUUUUUCACA